AUGAAGUGGAUGAAAGAUGCGAAAGAAGGAAUUGUCGUGGCUGGUGGUCGAAACCAAGGUGAUAAACCAACUCAAUUGUCUCGUCCUCAAGGAAUAUUCGUCGAUCAUUUGAGUACAGUCUAUGUAGCAGAUGGGGGCAAUCAUCGAGUGAUGCGUUGGCAUAAAGGGGCGACACAAGGUGAUAUGAUUGUUGGUGGAAACGGUGCAGGAGCUGGACCAAAUCAACUGAAUUGUCCUGGAGGCUUGUCUUUGGAUCAACAUGAAAAUAUCUAUGUUGUUGAUUACAAUAACCAUCGAGUACAACGGUUCUCAAUCGAAGCAACGAAUUAG